UUUAGAUUUUUGCUGGAUAACAGUGGAAUCAUCAAACAUCAAUCUGUGCUUGAUUUGGGCAGUGGAUGUGGAGCAUUAGCGAUUGUAAGCAAACUGCUUGGAGCAUCUCAUGUUGUUGCAAAUGACAUAGAUCCAGUGGCAAUUGCUGCAAUCAGAAUGAAUUCUGCAUUAAAUAAUGUUACAGUAAACACAGAUAAUAGAAACUUGUUUCAUGAAAAGACAUUGUAUACAAAUGUUGUGCUUCUUGGUGACAUGCUUUAUGACAUCAGUCUUUCAGCAAAUGUAGCUAGGUGGAUGAAGAAUUUACCAAAUAACACUUUGGUUUUAAUUGGAGAUCCAGGCCGUUCAGAAUCUCAUCUAUAUCUCAGUAAAAUGAACUUCAAAAAAGUUGUAGAAUAUGAAUUAACCCCCACUGCUAAACAGGAGAAUAAUGGUAUCCACUCUAGUUCAGUAUGGAUUUGGGAGAGAUGGGGAGCAAGUCUUUUGUAGAGAGGAAAAAAAAUUAUAGAUAUGUUUUAUUUUAAUAUUUAAAUUUAUGAAAUAAAGUUUCUCAAAUGUUUCUUAUUUCACUUUGAUGAUGAAGUUCACCCAUUCCACUUUUUCGUCAUACCAUCUAAAUACUGGAAAAUACUGUAGUAUACAAAAUAGUCUAUCCUAGUUUUCAUAGGCAAGUUAAUAUUAGGAAUUGAAAUUCCUGCUAAUUCCUAUUAAAGGAAUUUGAACAUCACUGUAAUAGUGUGAUCAAUUUGAUGUUCACAUAUCUCUUAAUAGGUACAAUACAGAAACUAUGGUUCUUUACUGCAGUAUAUUGGAGAAUGUUCUUUAGGAUAUUAAGAUAGUGACUGUUUCCAGUAAAGAGCCAUAGCUUCAGAAUGGUACCUAUUUAAAGACAGGAAAACACCAAAUUGACUGCACAAACUACAGCCCUGAAUCAUAUCUUUGAAGCAAGCUAUGAAAUUUCACUGGUGAUAGCAAAAAAUGAGAAAAAUCAUUCAUACAAAUGAAGAAGGAUCUGAUAUACCUGCAAUAUCUGUUUUUCUCAAAACAGUUCUUCAAAAAGGCAACAAAGACGUCCAAAAUAAGCCAUUGAGACAGCAACAAAAUAAAUGACAUGGGGUAAUAUGCUGAAAAACAACUUGUUGGAGAAGUUGAAAUCAUAAAAGUUCUGAAGACAAAUAAAUGAAUCUACUUUUUGAGAGAGUGAAACUCUGUUAAUGAUGCAUCGUGUUGACAUGGAAAAAUUUCAAGGACAGAGUUUAGCAAAAUGUGGUAUUUAUACUCCUUACUACAGUGUUCACACACAGGCCAUUAAUAUGUUGUUCUAAAUAGAUUUGGGGAUCCUUUGCACAUACAGAUUUCUGCCCAUCAAAAUCAAUUUGCUGGAUUGGAGGUGGGGCACAGGUGAACUAAUUACAAAAAUGUUAAAUUCACUAAUUAAAUGUUGCCUACACAGACAUUGAUUG